UCAAUCUCCAAACGAUCAAGCAGUUCUAUCCAGGAUAUCGUAUGAGGCUCUAUUACCGAAUCCCUGAAGAUUCACCUCUGCAGGAAGAGUUGUGUCAGUUAGCUUGCUCUGAAGACAUUUUGGACAUUUGUGACGUUAACCAACUUCCCGCCUUGGGCAAUGUAUCAGCAAUAUAUCCCCUGAUCUGGCGAUUCCUGCCCGCGCUGGAUAGCCAAGUUGACCUGAUGCUGUCGCGUGACCUGGAUUCAGUGAUUACGAGUCGAGAGCAGGCUGCCGUUUCGGAAUUCUUGAGUGAUCCAAAGAAGUCGUUUCAUGUGAUGCGUGAUCACAAGCAGCAUAAUAUUGGCAUAUUAGGAGGGACUUGGGCUGCCAAACUAGAUGUGCCUCCCAUGCGAGACCUCAUGAAGGCAGUUCUAACUAAAAUGUUGAAAGACAAAAAUGCAAUUGAUUUUGGAGACCACCGGGGAAUUGAUCAGGAUAUGUUGAUGAAGUAUGCAUGGCCUUUGGUUGUGAAGAAAGGCUUGGUAUUGGCUCAUGACAGCUAUUUUUGCAAGAAAUAUCCAUUUUCAGUCGGAUUUCCCACUCAAAGGACAAAAAGCAGGCCUCCAAAUUUCGUUGGAGCCGUUUUUAAGGAUGGUGAUGCUUCAAUGGUUUGCCCGGAAGAGUGUCGACGAGGGCAUACAGAAUGGACUCAUUGUUAACCAUUUCUAGUUUCAAUCAAAUGAUAGACA